UUGACCUCACCAUCAUGCGAUAUGCAGUAACCGGAGAUAAAACGGUGACAUACAUCGAAUCAUCGCCAUAAAACGCAUAUGAUUCACGGAAACGUGAUUAGAGAAGCAGCCGGGUGUUCGCUCGAUGAUCAGAUUAUCUCCAGUUUAUGCUUUCGUGAUAAUAAGUCAAAGAGCUGCAUUGUUUUUAUCUGAUGUAAAUAAAUGCUCAGUUAUAAAUUCUCCAGAGGCUCCAGAAGUGUGUUUGCGGAACUGAGAAUGUUCGAGACUAAAGGACUCUUCAGUGUUUGUGUGGACGUCAGCUGCGUGCUGCUCGCUGGACUUCCAUUUGCGAUAUUGAAUAUUCAGCACACGCCAUUCAAAAGAGGCUUUUUUUGCAGCGAUGACUCCAUCAGGUACCCCUUUAAAGAAGAUACCAUAUCCUACCAGUUACUGAUGGGAAUAAUGAUUCCAUUCGCACUGUUGAUGAUAAUCUUCAGUGAGUGUUUUUCCUUGUAUGUGCGGUCCAGAGCUUCUUUCAGUUAUGCGUAUAUAGCAUGUGUGUAUAAGGCCGUGGGAUCAUUCGUGUUUGGAGCGGCGUUGAGUCAGUCUCUGACCGACAUCGCCAAAUACACCAUCGGCCGACUGCGGCCGCACUUUCUGACUGUGUGUAAACCGCACUGGAGCCUCAUUGACUGUAAAUCCGGUUAUAUUGAGAACUUCACAUGCACAGGAGAUCCAGUCAUCAUCAAUGAAGGCCGGCUUUCCUUUUAUUCUGGCCACUCAUCAUUCUCCAUGUACUGUAUGCUGUUUCUUGCUCUGUAUGUCCAGUCUAGACUGAGAGCAAGUUGGGCUCGACUGCUUCGGCCUACUCUGCAAUUCUCUUUCAUCGCGGCGUCUCUUUACGUGGGUCUGUCGCGCGUCUCUGAUUAUAAACACCACUGGAGUGACGUUCUCACUGGACUCGUACAGGGAGCCGCUGUGGCACUGUUUACUGUGUUCUUUGUAUCGGAUCUGUUCAACGCCAAACGCACGUCAGAUAAAGAUGAGAUCUCGCACGCGAGUCUUCAGGAGACGUCAGAUCCACCGAACCACUACGACAGCACCGAGUGAGACAGAACGCACUGUCCUUCCUUCCAUCCUUACAUGCGUUUUAGGUCCUACUGGGCUUUCAGGAAUCCAGAUGGCUGUGUUCCCACUUGAUUUUGACAUGACACGGCUCUUUCAACACACUUAAAACAGAUGCAAAUAAAGCUUCUUCACUGGAAACGAUGGUUUCAUGAAGAACCUUUAACAUGCAUGGGACCUUUUCCAUUGCAUUAUAGUGGAAAACGAUUUUUUAGAUUAUUAAAAUGUUCUUCGCAUUAAGAAAAGAUGGUUCACUGAAAGGUUCUUUGGGGACCAAAAAUGGUUCUUCUAUGGCAUCUUUUUUUUUUAAGAGCGUAUGCAUCCCUAUCCAUCAAACAAUCCUAUUAGUAACCAACAUAUGCAAGUGUAAAUGUCUUAUUUCAGCUAGGUUGUUUUUAAAUGUGAAAUAAAGACUGUUACAACCAAUGCUUUGUACACUUGACUCUAAGACACUAUUUUAUGAUUUACAGUUGUUUAAAGUUUUUUUUUUUUUUGUAUCAAAUUGUCAAAAUAAAAAGGAAAGUAGGUA